AUGGCCGCUCCAUUAUUAGAGUGCAUUAACGAAGAACACCAAGCUUAUUCUUGUGAGCUUGAUCUGGAUUACUUGGAGAGGAGAGGCCAGACAAUAACCUAUGAAAAUACCGAAAGCGGAUCGAAAGAGGAAGAAAGCCCCGCAGACACUCUGGAUCGUGUCAAAGUUGUGUUUCUCGGUGCACCAGGGGUGGGAAAAUCCAGCAUAAUUAGGCAAUUCGUGUGGAGCGAAUUCUCCGAGGAAUACAGGCCAACCGAGCGCAGAGAGACUUUCUAUCCGAGUGUGGUCCUCGCUGAUCGAUUAUACGAGCUAAAAAUCACGGAUCUGCCGACGAUCCCGUACUUUCCGGUCAGCUCGCACCUCGAAUGGACGGACUUCCGUUAUUACGGCUUACGAAGUGCGAACGCUUACGUGCUAGUAUUCGAUCUUAGCAACCAAGACACGUUCCAGUAUAUUAGAACGUUACGAGAGCAAAUCUACGAAGCACGAGACAUGAGGGGAGUACCACUGCUAGUAGUCGGGAACAAGCAAGACGAAUUGUCACCCGCGGUUGCUUCCGGAACUCGAUACAGGGACAUCGUUAAUCUCGUCCGGAAGCACUGGCGAUGUGGCUACGUCGAAUGUAGCGCCAGAUUUAACUGCCGUGUCGUCCAGGUGUUUCGAGAAUUAAUGAAGAACAUUCAAGCAGUAGAAGGAAGGCCACCUUCACCGACGCCUGCGCCCUCUCAGCCCUUGCGAUCUCAUCCUCACGAUACCAGCGAGAAAUGUAUUCUUCUCUGACACUGAAACCAGAAAAUCAACGUGCUCAACUUCUGCGACCAUAUUAUUAAGAAAAGCUGCUUCUUUCCUUAUCACGAUGCAGGGUCGUAGUCUGUUUAAGUCGAAGACGAAAGAUAAACGAUGAAAAGGCAGGGACGGAUUAACUCUAGAUAAUCGUGAGAUCCUUAAUGUGAAAGCUCAACUACAACUGGGAUUCUGGAACGGGGUUCCUAAUCCAGGUGCUUGUUCCGUGGGCGCCGUGUAAUCCCAAGUAGAAAUCCACGAACCUUUUUGGUUCUGCAAUCAAUAAUGUAAACAGUAUUGUGAUCGUUCGGGGUACUGAGAUCUUUCAUGAAAUACUUGAUUUCUUUAUGUGCACAGAAUAGCUAUUAUAAGUACAGAAACGUUUCAUUAAUGAUUAUAAAA